AUGUCAAAGUCUGUUUCUCAAGACAAGUUGGAUAUCUCAGAAGUUUCUUUUGGUGCUGGUGCUAUCUCGGGCAAUUAUGAUACUUUUAGUCAAACAGACGUUGUAGAAGCUUGUAAAGAAGCUCUUUCUUCAGGCAUUAACUUGUUUGACACUUCUCCUUAUUAUGGCAAAAGUGAAUUUAUUUUGGGUGAUGCUUUACACGAAAUCAAGGAUGAAUUCCCCCGUGAACAUUACUAUAUUUCUACCAAGGUGGGUCGCUAUGGUUACACGACUAAAGAGUGUGAUUACAGUGCCAAAAGAACGUAUGAAAGUGUUGCUGAAAGUAUGCGACGUCUUCAUACAGACUAUCUCGAUAUCGUCUACUGUCAUGAUGUUGAAUUUGUUCCCUUUGAACACGUCAUUGGUCCCAACUAUGCUUUGGAAGCUUUGUUUGAUUUAAAAGCACAAGGAAAGAUCAAGUACGUGGGUUGUUCAGCUUAUCCCCUCGAUAUCUUACUCAAGGUAGCAGAACAUCAACAUGCCAAGGGACAACCCUUGGAUAUUGUUCUCUCUUAUUCUCAUUAUACACUUCAAAACACUUCAUUUGCUGACUAUGCUCCUAAAUUCAGAGCUGCUGGUGUUCGUUACCUUAUCAAUGCUUCUCCUCUCUGUAUGGCUCUUUUACGUGAUGAUAAGACACCUGAUUGGCAUCCUGCUCACAGUGGUAUUCGUGAAGCUGCUGAUAAAGCCGCUGCUAUUGCUCGACAGAAUGGUCUAUCGAUCUCUGAUUUGGCUUCUCGUUUCUCAUUCCAAGGCAGAGACCAAUUCCAAUUGGACUCUACCUUGAUUGGUCUUGCAAGAAAGUCCGAAGUUCAAGAUGCAGUGCGUGUCUGGAAAGAUUCAAAGCGUGACAACACACCUGUUGAAGACAAAGUGCUUGAACAAAUUCAUGCUUUAUUCAAACCACACAAGAACUACUCAUGGCAAAGUCCUAGUAAUAAAGAAUUAGGUUUGGCAUAA